GGACAGCGUCUAGGCCUGGCGGAAGCAGGCUCUGCAGGCAGGGCAGAAGAAGGGCGGGCUUUUAAAAGAUCGUCACCCUGCUAGCGGGGACUGUGAAGUAUUCGGACACACCCUUACCUUGCUAACUUGCUCAACCAUGGCCAGACUUCCCAUGCACGGUUCGGUGAUUGUCCCAGACUGGCAUGAGACGGUCGAGGGCAAGGAGUACUUAGCCUGCAUCCUGCGCAAGAAUCGCCGGCGUGAGUUUGCUAAUUCUGCCAACAGAGCCAGGAACAUGGAAACAGCCCAUCCCUGCCAACAGCAACUGUCACCAGAGAUGCUGUUGACUGAGUCCUCACUUAGGGUCAUGCCCUCUGCUGGGCACUUUGCACAGCAACCUUGCAACAGGGUUUCGCUAUGUAUCCAGUACUCGUUAUUGUGUAUCCAGUACUUGUUAUGUAGACCAGGCUAGUCUCAAACUCAAAAGAUCCACCUGGCCUUUAUCUUCUAAAUGCUGGGAUUAAAGGCAUACUCCAUU